AUGUUGCAGUGCCCCUUGCCCGACAACGUCUCCGAUAUCCUCACCAUUUGUAUGGAUUUUAUUCAGCCGAAGGGACGAGCCAUUGUCGUCUCAUCUGUGCUUGAUUGCAAGAUGGCACGCACUCGAUUUUCACGCCUCCGCGAGCUCCUGCGCGAGCUGGACGCCCCCAGCCUUCACUGCGCUCAUGCGCUGUACGACGAGCGCUUAGUGAUUGGGAUUUGUCAGGACUGGGUGCACGACAACCUCAGAACAUCAGACCUUGUAGGCCCUCAAUCUGUCCACGCGGAGAGCAAGGGCGCUCUCCUCCACAUGGUCUUCGCAGACGCAGGCGACAAGCUCGAGCUCGUCGUCGUCGAGGACAUCACCGUCCCGGGCGCGUUCGACGACGCCGUCCUCCACACCGCCUCCCCCUUCCACUUCCACGCCGACGACCUCGCGAAGCUUAUCACACCCGCCGUUGCCGGCAUGACCGGCAUCCUAGCCUCCGCUGCUGCGCACGCCGGCCUGCACCUCCAGCGCGUCGUCGUCAUGAGGCCGUGCGCCGCCAGUGCUCACCCCGGGCGAUGCCUCAGGACGCGUGUUCGCCGAGACGGACUGGAACGAGGCGAGGUCGAGGCCGUCGGGUGCGCCGUAGAGAAGUACAUCUUGGUUGGGAGCACGGCAUCGCCCAUCAAAUCAUGA